CUGUCCGCAUAACAUUGAUUGCAGAGGUUAAUCAGAAAGGUCUUUUACAACAAUUUGGAUGCAUAAUAACAUAACAUUAUGAGAAUUUAAAAUGCAUAUUUCCAGGUCCUUCAUAUAAAUGCAUUCAAAAAAGGCUGUUCAUGAAGCUCUCCACUAUGUUGCUACCAACUUGAGCCCAUUUCUUGCUCUGGCCAACUGCCACUUGGUGGAUGUGUUUGUGUCCGAUGUAUGGCACAAAGUCUUACCACCGCUGCUAUGGGAUGAUCUCAACAAAAUUUCACCGCAGGAUCUGUGCUCCAUGUUGGGACCUUCUCAGGAAUCUUCUGAGCUACUUGAUGGGAUCAAGAGUGACCUCCCAUCUUUACACAAGUUCCUGUUGUUGCUGCACUCAAUGCAUCUCAGUCAACUUGGGGUACUGAGCUCCAAACAAGAGGUACUUGCGGCGGCACAGCAGCACGCCACGCCAGUGACCGCCACUGUGGAUCUGCAGCGCCUCAUGCCACUGAAGAAGGCGCACGAGGUGGCAGUCAUGGCGGAGCUUAUGGCAGCUCUCUGUGCCGGCUUGGACGUGUCGUGGGUGUGUGACCUGGGGGCAGGGAAGGGUUACCUCAGCGCCCUGCUUGCCAGGUUCUACGGUCUGCAUGUACUGGCAGUGGAUGGUACACAGUCCAACACACAGGCAGCGCGUGCAUACAGCCACACUCUGCAGAAAGAACUGAACCGCCAGCGACGUGUGAAUCGAAGAACAAAAAAUCCAUCACCUGAAAAAUCCCAAAAAUUUUCAGAAGGAUUGACUUUUUUCAACGACUUAGAAGAUGAAAAUGAUGAAUCUACGUCUGACGCACUACAUACAAAUAUCGUUCCUAGAUCAGCAGAAGUGAACUCCUUGUAUGAAAAUACAGAAAGCGUCAAAAUUUCAAAACGUAUGGAAUCCAAAACCAUUUCUAGAUCAAUUGAUUCAGAUAUUUUUCAUAGAGAUUCCGAAGCGAAUCAUAAAUUGAUGCAGUUAAGCAUAACAUCAGAGGCACCAGAAAUCGCGAUUCGUGAAGAAAAAGAAACGAGAUACUCAUAUUCUCAUUGUUCUAUAAGGGAUAAAUGCAGAACAAAUGUUGCUAGUUCUUCAGAUGAAACAGCGACUGACGCUGGACAUUAUUAUUGCAUCACCAAGUACGUGACGCCAACCUUCAGUAUCGGAGACGCAUUAAAAGAAGCCAUCGCACUUGAAACAGAUUCAUCAAAUUCAUCGAAAAUCAAGCCUGAUAACAGGAAGACUAAAGUAAAAGUCAGAAGAAAAGGAGCAGCCGGAGAAACUAAAGAAAGAAGUACAAAGUCGGCGGUGAGAGAAGAGUUUGAUGAACGAGAAGAAGUCGAGAAAUUGUUCCCCUCGGAGAAAGAAGAACAAGAACAAGGGAACCAAUGUAACGUGAACCGAGCAGUGAGUGCAGUGAACCAAACUUUGGAAGCAGUGAACGUAAAUGAAGCAAUAAGUGCAGUGAACCAAACUUCGAAAGCAGUGAACGUAAAUGAAGCAAUAAGUGCAGUGAACCAAACUUUGGAAGCAGUGAACGUAAAUGAAGCAAUAAGUGCAGUGAACCAAACUUUGGAAGCAGUGAACGUAAAUGAAGCAAUAUGUGCAGUGAACCAAACUUUGAAAGCAGUGAAUGUAAAUGAAGCAAUAAGUGCAGUGAACCAAACUUUGGAAGCAGUGAACAUAAAUGAAGCAGUGCGUGCAGUGAAGGUAAAUGAAGCAGUGCGUGCAGUGAAGGUAAAUGAAGCAGUGCGUGCAGUGAAGGUAAAUGAAGCAGUGCGUGCAGUGCAGUGCGUGUCAUGUCUGCACGGCUGCGGUGACCUCAGCGUGAGCGCACUGCAUGUCUUCCUCCGGCACGCGCACGUGGCGGUUGCCUGCGUCGUCGGCUGCUGCUACCACCUUGUCACCGAGCGCCCUGCUGGUGCUGGGUUCCCGCUGUGUGCCCAGCUGGCUGGGUACCAGCUGGGCCGCAACGCGCGUAUGAUCGGCUCCCAGUGCCUGCCCAGGAGGGUCGUGCUGGGCGUCCAGGAAGAAGAAAACAAAUCCCACUUCUGGCGGGCAGUCCUGCAGCUGGUGAUAGUUAGACAACUGCAUCACAGCGCCAAUCCUGCUUCUGGCAGCCAAUUUCGUGCCUCUGGCACCCCGCCUUGUGCCUCUGGCACCCCGCCUUGUGCCUCUGGCACCCCGCCUUGUGCCUCUGGCACCCAGCUUUGUGCCUCUGGCACCCAUCCUCGUGCCUCUGGCACCCUGCCUUGUGCCUCUGGCACCCUAUCUUGUGCCUCUGGCACCCCACCUAGUGUCUCUGACACUCCACCUUGUGCCUCUGGCACCCCGUCUUGUGCCUCUGGCACCCCACCUCGUGCCUCUGGCACCCCACCUCGUACCUCUGGCACCCCACUCCGUGUCGUAGACUGUACACGGGAUAAUUUCAUCGACAACACUCAAGAACCACCCCCGCUACAUGAUUACUCCUCGUUCGUGUCAAGUUUAUCUUCCGAAGAGCGCAGCGCAAUCUCCAUGUUCCGCAUCGGCCGAGGCUUGGCCGGCAACUGCCAGAGUUUCAGCCAAUACGCGACGCGCGCUAUUGCCAGGCUGCCAGAUGUCGUCAGAUCGCGAGUCAUGGACGGCAGGGAUGACAGCAAACGAGCGUCUGGUGUAGAGAGAGAAUUUGUUCAAUGA